AUGAACUCCUACCUAGACUACCCCGUGUGCAACCGGGGGGCGAAUAUCUUCAGUGCCAAGACCGGAUGCCACAACCUCAAUCAUGGAUACAUGUCGUCCAACUCGUGCACAACAAGUGAUAGUUACGCACCGGACGGUCGCUUAGUGGCCGCGACCUCUGCGCCCCACCAGACCCAGAGCCUCCCUCUGCACCACCAGACCCACGUCAACUUGGACCUGCAGUUCGGAGCGCCUGGGAACUCCGCGUACGGCUCACCUCUGGAGUACGGACAUCACCAGUACGGCCUCGCCCCCGAGCAGGACCGGAGCUUUAUUCAGGUUUCGCCCCUCGGGACAAACAUGGCUCCUUACACCGGGGACAGCUGCGGGCCUGGGGUCGCGCCCAGCAGCCAGUAUCUGCACUUCGGGGAUCAGAGGCAGCAAGAAUAUUCAGACGGCGUUUACACGAGGCUACCGCCCCAGUGCAAGGACAAGGAUCUGGAGCAUGUGGAGGAAGCUUCCAAAACUUUCGACUGGAUGAAAGUGAAGAGGAAUCCUCCUAAAACAGCUGUCCUGUCGGAGUUCGGGGUUCCGGGUCAGCACAACGUGAUCCGCACCAACUUCACCACGAAGCAGCUGACCGAGCUGGAGAAAGAGUUCCACUUCAACAAGUACCUGACGCGGGCACGGCGGGUGGAGGUGGCGGCCAGUCUGGAGCUCAACGAGACGCAGGUGAAGAUCUGGUUCCAGAACCGCAGGAUGAAGCAGAAGAAGCGAGAGAAGCUGGGCUGCGUUCUGGUCAGCACUCCGGCACCUGAGGAGAAACUCUGUGGCUCUGACAGCUCUCCAAAGGCAAAGGGGAAAAACUGUGAACCUUAAAAAUAUACAGGAAUAAAGAAAGAAAAGGACAGUGGAGGCCUGAGCAGAAGUUUCCACAUCUGUUCCCUGCAGUUGGACCAUUCCAGAAAAAAAAAAACUGUGAAAUUUUCUUGAGGACUUCUGAAGUAAACAGGGUAGUCAUUGAUCUCUGAAGCGGAUGCUGGGGGGGAAAAAACUCUUUAAAAAAUGUCUUUUCUUGUAUUUGUAAUCCUCCUAUCAUAAGCCCAUGCUGUGUUUUGAGUUGGAGCACUGAUGAACUCAGUGUCAUUGUUUGCACUAUUUAUUUACAGGGUAUUUUCCAACAACUGUUGAGCUGAUUUAGCUUAAUAAAGUCUAUAAAAAUGAA